UGUCGUCCUCCAGCACCCAUGCCGACGUAUCCUCGUCGCAGAGUCCCUCUGAAAUCCUCAAGACGGCCACCUUUUCGCGUUCAAAUGAUUCACUUUCACCUGAACAUGCAGUCACAGCGUCCGACCUGCUAAUGGCAGCGUAUGACCCCGCAAAACUACAUCCGCUGGCAGAUUUGGGGGAUAAACUCGACUACCUGCUUCUUGAUGAUGAAAAGACAAGCGACCUUCCUGGGGCUGGCACGGCAAUUCCCUCCAGGGGGUGGAGCGAUGACUUGUGUUAUGGGACGGGUACCAUGUAUCUCAGUGGACUAGCCCUUGGCGGCGCAUGGGGUGUACGGGAAGGCGCUCGAAGGCCACUUGCCGUCUCUAAUGCCAGGCUGCGGAUCAACAGCGUACUGAACUCUGUCACGAGAAGAGGUACAUUCCUCGGGAAUUCGGCUGGUGUAAUGGGCCUUAUGUACAAUGGAGUAAACUCGAGCAUUGACGCGUUUAGAGGAAAGCACGACACGAUGGGAAGCGUGGCUGCUGGCGCCGUGACAGGCGCUCUAUUCAAGUCAACUGGUGGCAUCAAACCCGUCGUCGUCGCUGCAACUCUAGGGGCAAGCAUGGCAGGACUCUGGAGCUAUGUCUACAACCUUAAUUCCUCCCUUAUCCCGGCUCGCAUCUUGGCGGAUCUGAUCUCUCAUCCGGUGCUAUGGCGGAACGAAGAGCAUCCUGAUUUGGUAGUCAUUGACCUUCCAGAACUUUUAGCUGGUGACUUUCCUCGUUCCAAUUUCGAUUUGGAUCCAUUCGGCUGGCGCCCCUCGCCUGAACGCUAUAAAAUGUUCUCGUCUUUGACAGCCCAUAUAUUCCCUACGACGCUCAACUCGACACCAAGUGGUGGCCUGCGACCUGCACGAGCCAGGGUCACAAUUCAUGGGUUCACAACAUCCCUUCAUGCCAUCAAAGACAGCGAGGCGUACCCGUCGACAUCGUCCAAAUUCAAAAGAUAUUCUCAAAAACCUCUCUCUGCUAUCUUCUCCAGCGGACACUCUUCACCUUACUCUUCGUUCGGUUCUGUCACAUUAUCCUCGCGAACUUCGAGUUCGACCCAAAGUCCGCCUUCUAGCCACAGCUCCAUCGCAGAUCUAUCCCCCAGCUCUCCUGCUCCGUAUAUUCGUCCUCAGCCUAGAAUUCAGGUAUCAUCUCUUCUGGCGGACCCACAUACACGGUCCUAUCACCUCGAGAUUGUGCAACAUCCGCUCCGAACGGCGGAAUUUGGGGCGAAUUACCUCUCUCGUGUGCCCUUAACACCACCUAUCAUCGCCCGGCUGACGGUCAGAGAUCCCUCCGGCAAUUCCGUCAUACCGGAAGCGGAAUUGCCCUUCCUCAUUGCCCAUCUGUCACUUUUCUCUGGUGACGGCUAUACCCCUUUGGAUACGGGCUCAUACAUUGGGCGACCUACGAGUGGGACACCGCCUAUUCUUUAUGGCCAUCUAGUUUCGACCGUCGAACAACUAGAAGACCUACAAGGAAACAUGGGGCUUUUCUUCCUGUUUCCUGACGUCAGCAUUCGCUCUCGCGGUCAGUACCAACUCGGUGUCACCCUCACAAGGAUUACGGGGCCCAGCCACUCUGGAUUGGCGGAGCAUGGAACGCCACUUGCUUCGGCGCGUACGAGGUCAUUUGAUGCCGUUCCGCUUAGUGAAUACACAGCAGCACGACCCACUCGCUUGACCCAAAGUUUCAUUCGCCAAGGGGCACGAGUGCUCACUGGGACAUAUCCUCCGACCAGAUAAA